AUGGCUAAAAAAGUGUUCGGUAUAUUUAAUAUACCUAAAAAAACAGGACCAAUCUUACCAUCUCUACCUGAUUUAAAGGAACAUUUACAAAAUGUACAGCUUGUUAUUGUUCACAAUACCUUGGAUUUAGUAUCUAAACGGAAAAGAACAGAGCCUGAAUUUCUGAAAAAUUUUGUUGUAACUACAACAACUGCAGCUGAACACGAGGACUCUAAUAAUGAAACUAAUUUAAUUGAUUACUGGAAAGUACAUGCUUACUAUCCAAUAAUAGACGAGGUUUUAAAUAAUCUGAAGACAAGAUUUUCUGCGGAGAGUUUGAAUUUGGCAAUUUCUAUUGAUCACUUUUUCAAUCUGGACUAUGAAAAAAGUUCAUUUUUUAUUCAACAAUAUAAGGAUUUACUGAAAGUUGAUUUGAAUUCACUUCAAGCUGAAAUGAUGGUUGUCAAAAACUGUAUUCAAAACUAUAAUAAUAAACCUGAACCGGGACCUGAACAAAAAAAUCAAAUAAAUUUAUUCAAAAAAAAUAUAACUAUUUCAACUUUUCCUAAUGUAUAUAAACUUUUAAAUUUAGCUCUGACCUUACCAAUUUCUUCAGCAUCAUGUGAGAGGUCAUUUUCGACAAUGAGACGUAUCAACACAUAUAUACGGUCAACUAUGACUCAAGACCGUUUUUCCUCACUGGCAAUACUAAAUAUUGAAAGAGAUAUUUCAAAUAAUAUUGAUUUUAAUGAUAUAUUAAAUAUCUAUUCAAAAACUAAUAGACGCUUGGAAUUAUAGUUGAAAACAAAUAAAUGUCUUAUUUUCAUUUAGUUUAGUGUUUUUUUUUUUCUUAUUAAGUAUUAUU